AUGGGCAUGUUCCAUUCAACGAGUGGAAAAUCAGGCUACAACCUGUAUCUGCGACCUACACCGGUCGUCAUUGAAAAGGAGACAGCCAUCUUGCUUCUCAAAGAAGAACAACGUCUUAGGAGAGACCCUCGCACUCAACAGGCCUAUACCGAAGCAGAUGAUGAUCUUUUUCAAAUAGAAAGGAUCACCAUGGACUUGCAAGAACAAGUGGUUGCCAAUGUAUUGGGAUUGAAACGAAAUCAAGGAUUGAUGUACGAUGAAGCCUUUAAUAAUUUCAUGGUUGCUUAUCGCAAUUUGAGAUGUCGGUUUAGAAAUGAUCCCGAUAUCAAUACUCUCACUGAUUACUUUAAAUAUGACAUGUCUAGAGCAUGUUCUCUAGAGUUGAACACUUGUUUGGAUUUGAGUUCAAUUAAGGUUGUGGAUUUGAUGAAUUUCUAUGAAGAAUCUAAUAGACGAAAUAAUCAUCAAGCACUGCUGGAAAUUCCAUCGAGUGAGUUGGCUCUUAAUUAUAAGGUCACAUUGAGCGAGUUAUUACAACAGAGAAAUCCCAACAAUUUACCUGUGGUGCUCAUUGGUGCUAGUUAUUCCUGA